UUUUUUGCUCUGCACUUUGAGCGUUUGAUAUUUCUAGUUUCGAACCGGCUUGACUUUGAGGUGUGGAGUGUGAGUGUAAGUGGAGGUUACUGACAUCCUGCUUGGCCAGCCCCUGGUCACAUGCUGCUGUUUGUCAGUGUUAGGAAACUGCUUCCCCGCUUCAAAUCAGCCCCUGCAUGUUUCCCUGAACCACUGUGACCUUCCCAGUACCCAGCAGAAAGGAAACCACUUUGACACAGCCAGACAGAAUGGAAGCGGCUUCGUUUCAGAAGUUCCCUGCAUUUAAACUUGAUAUCAGUCCUCUGAAAGAGCCGCUGGGAUUUAUCAAAGUGUUGCAGUGGAUUUUUGCUAUAUUUGCCUUUGCCACCUGUGGAGGUUAUGCGGGGACAAGUGUGGCUUCUGUUAAGUGUCAAGAUGGCAAGAAAGACUUGAUUUCAGUCCAUUUUAGUUAUCCUUUCAGGUUAAACCAGAUUUCUUACAAAGCACUGACCUGUAAGAAUGAUACCGUUCAUGAAACCCUGAAUCUCCUUGGAGAUUUUUCCUCACCGCCAGAAUUCUUUGUUACAAUUGGAGUGUUUACUUUCCUGUACUGUACAGCUGCUCUGGUCAUCUAUGUGGGAUAUCAGAGUCUUUAUCAACAGAACAAGUAUCUACCAAUAGCUGACUUUGUAGUGACUGCACUUUUUGCUUUCCUGUGGUUGGUCUCAUCCUCGGCUUGGGCACAAGGUCUGUCUGAUGUUAAGAAUGCAACAAAACCGACUGCUAUCAUCCAUCCUAUCAGUGCGUGUCAGGGGAAAACUGUUGUGUGUACGCCAGGAGCUGUGCCCCCCAUGGGGCGUCUCAAUGCAUCAGUGAUAUUCGGUUUCAUGAACUUCAUCCUGUGGUCAGGGAACAGCUGGUUUGCAUUUAAGGAAACCGCUUGGCACAAAGCCAGUAACCCGCAGGACAUUGCUGAACAGGGCACCAACGUGGAACGCUAAUGUUAUACCCCCCCUCCCGUUUAUCCAAUAUUUCUCCUCCCCCCCCCCCCCCCCCCUCCACACCCUGCCUUCCGUACCACUCUCUCUCCCCACUUAUCUCACUGUAAUUGUACAGAUUCCACACUCCUGGGACUGUUGCUCCCUUCUCCAAACACCCCCACUACUGGGUACCUCCACUCCUCCUGUUAAUAAUGACCAAUCCUCCUCCAUUCUCCCCCACCCCAGCUGCUGUGUCUGUUGAUCCUGAUCUAUUGCUGAUCCCCCAGGAUAGAGUAAGGGAGAAUACUCUCCCUCCAAUGGUAUAACUUGAUGGAAAUGUCCAAUCAUUUGGUCCCAUCAGAUUGUCACAUCUGCCACUCUCCGAAUCGGAGCUGGCCCUUGGGGCACAGUGACCAUGUGGAGAUUGGAGGACACUGUGGAAGUCACCUCAUGACUGGUGGAGAGGUGGGGAUGGGUUACUGGGAAGGAGUCAGCACAAACCCAGUGAUGACAAAUGCUACUUCCUCACUCCACACCUUCACCAGCAACACUGACAUAUUACCUUUUGCUUCUCAUGUUCAAACGAUUUCCAAAUGUUCAUCUUGUGUUCACUGUGACCUUGCAUCCUCUGAUGGGUUUUAACUUGGGCUAGUGUCUGAAGGACAAUGUGGCUAUCUCCACACCUCAACCCCUCCCACCCCAACCCAUUACUCAAACUAUGGAAAUUGUGACAGUCCAUUGGCAAGAUGUGAAAGUUGGUGGGAGGGGAGGGAGACUUGUACUGUGGGGUGGGGUGGGGGGGAAAUGGAUAGCCUGUGAGAGCAGCAGUCUCCCUCUUUCAGAGGAGGAGUAUGGCUCUUAAAACUCAGUCUUAACCCCCCCAUCCCCUCCCCAGCCACUGCCUCAGGUUUCAGAUUCUGGCCCCCAGUGGGGCCCUGUCACUUUUUGGGGAGCCAUGAAUUAGAGUGAAAUCUUCUGCCAAUCUAUGGUAUGUUAGACAUUUCCGAUUCCAAACCCUGCUUUUCUGAUUUGCUUCCUGCCGGAAUGCAGUUGUACCAUGAGUGGCUUCUGCCUGUGUUUCCUGGCCCACAUGGCUACAGCUUCCUCUGAACCAUGUCGUUGUUCAGUAAAGUGGUGAAAGUGAAAGGCGUUCUUUCCUUUGAGUAAAACCCUCCCCUCCUGACUCCUGGUUCCUGUACGGAUUCAGCAGCUGGUUUUUCUUUAUGUUCAAGGGAAGAUUUUGUUUAUCCAAUGCAGAAAAACUCUUUGGAAGGCGAAGGCUGUGGAUGCACAGGUUGGGGGCUGACUUUGUGAGGGGCUCUGUUUCACAAUGCUCUGGUAGCAUCCAACCUUCACUUUGUCCACUUUGAGCUCCUCUAUCUGCUGUGCUGACCAGGGAGAGCUCAGCUAACAGCUCUAAAGACACGCCUUCCUUUCAGCAGGUGAAUCUUUUGGGGGUGGGGGUGUGCAUAUGGGUCAUGAGUACCUGCCUGGGGGUGCAAUUUGACCUGAGUUCAGAUAUGCCAUUAAGGAGGCAAUUAAGUUCAGCCCUGAGGGUGGGGAAAUGGGGCUAUCAAGGCAGGGUCUAGCACCCACUGGGUGAGGGUACACUUGAAUAAUGUGGUUUAUUUGCACAUGCUUGAGACCCAGUUAGCUGCUUGCUUCAUCAUUCACUCCAAACACUGGCUUUGGAAUCUGAACGUUUCCUGUUUUGAGCAGGGAGCUGGUUUACACAACAUUGAGACUUUUUUUUUUGAAAAGAUGAUUCCAAAUUGUGAGCAGGGAGAGAGUGAGAGAGCCACACCCUUUGUAACAAGCGGUGAGCUUGUGUCAUCAGUUAAGGAUCAGUAAAGAACUUCCUGCAAUGUUGAUAGACUGUGACUUUAAACAUAUGAUGAAAAUUUAAUCCUGUGAUGGCUUGAAUUUUUUGAGUGAAAAUAAAGCCAUUUAGUGUCA